UUGAUAGAGUUGUGAGGCACACUGAAACUGAACCUGAGUAACCCUCGCUGUUUCUGCCACUCCGAGCUGAGCUAUAUAAAAUCAGGUCUCUCGAGUUGGCAGAGUCAGUUCGCUGAGACAGAUUGUGGGAGAGAGCACAGCAGGACAGCUUGGGAUUUCGAGAAGCCUCUUGAUAACAAAUUACCAUGAAGACCUCUGUCACUCUGGUCGCCGUGCUUCUGAUUCUUGGUUCCCAGGCAGAACCACAGGAUGAGGCCUUCCCCAGGAGCAAAUGGGAAGAAGCCAUUGAGAAAUUCUGGUCCUUCACCACGGACCUGGCCCAGUCCACCCAGGGCCUGCUGAAACAAAUUCAGACUGCUGAGCUGGACAAGCAUCUCGAGACGCUGAUCGCCGAAUGCAUGACUGAACUGAACGCAUCUGGAGCGGGACUGCAAGCCCAGCUCGGCCCUUACUCCGAACGCUUCAACUCUGACAUGGAAGAACUUUCAAACCGUCUGCACAGUGACCUGAUGGCCAUUCGCUCCAACCUGCUGGUCUACCAGGAGGAGGCCAAACUGAUGGUCAAGCAGAACGUGGAGGAUGUACGUCAAACCCUGGCGCUCUACCUGCGCAAAUAUCGCAAGCGGUUGAACCGGGACCAAGCUAGCAUCCGCGCCAAGCUCCACGAGUACGCUGAGGAGCUGAGAAGCCGCAGAGACCGUACUCUUGAUGACCUGAAAGCCAUGGCAGCUCCUUACAGCAAUGCAGCUGAAAGCAAAGUACUCCAACACGUCCAAAAUAUCCAACAGUCCCUGGCCCAGCAGGCAGAGGAUGUCAGGUUGAAGGCUGAGGCCCUGCAGGAGCAUGUGAGCAGCAACGCUGAUGAUAUCCGUGAGGCCCUCCAGGUCAAGAUGGAGCAAAUCGGUGCCUGGUUCAGGAAGGAGGCGCAGACCAUCUCCCAACGCUUCUCCGAAUUCAUCGACUACCUCCAUCAGAAAAUGAACCCAUCCCAAAGUCCCGAGGAAGGCCCAGAGGAGCCUUCAAGCCUCCGCCUUUCGUAAUUCUUCCAGCUCCCCCGCCCCUCCUCCGCUCGCCACACUCUGUGCCGCUCCCAGCUCACUGUGUUCUCCCUACUUAGUCCGUCCUCCCUGGACCCCCUCUCCCCAACUUCCCCCACUCUCCCCAACUCCCCUCAUUCACCCCAACUUCUCUCAUUCUCGCCAACUUCCUUCAUUCUCCCCAACUUCCCCCAUUCUCCCCAACUUCUGUCAUUCUCCUCAACCUCCCCCACCCUCCCCAACUUCCCCCAUUCAUCCCAACUUCCCUCAUUCUCACCAACUUUCCCCAUUCUCCCUCCUCCCCACUGUCCUCGCUCUCCCCACUCAUUCUGCUCUCCCAACUCAGGGCCCACCCCGUCUGUCCCAUCGUUCUGGCUGUGACUCCCACGUUACCCUCCCUGUACCACCUCACUUAGACGCCAAUGGACCGAUCUGCUGAGGUCUCACCCCUGGGGUCUUUGUGUUUGUGGGUUCCUACCCCUGACUAGUUACGCGACAGCAGGCGGCCUGCUGCCCACAAACAGCUUCACACCUCCUGAGUGGACCUCCUCUCUCUCUCUCUCUCUCUCCCUCUGUUAGCUAUAUUGUAAACGCAGUGUGAAAGGCAUAACCCACCUUACUGCACAUUGUAAACCUUUCGGGACAAUUGCUUCCACGUUGCUGUGUUAAACAUCAUAAAACUAAUGGAAAUAUG